UAGACUGGGAGUCGUCCCUGUGAUUCCAGCCAUGGGUUCCUCUGCAUCUACUCCUGCUGCUGCAGUAAACACCUCAAAUGCUUCAAAUCAUGAGCCACCUUCACCGCCUUCAGAAUGCCCGAUGCAUAAGAGGGAAAGGAAAGGCUGUCCAGUGACUGCAGUAUCAUCUAAUCCAACUAGUGAGAGCAAAGCACACUCUGUGCCUGCCCACCAAGAUCGGGCCUAUGAGUACGUGGCAUGCCCUGUUACUGGUGCUGCAGCAAAGGAUAAGGAGAACCUUGAUCCUUCAAACUUGAUGCCACCACCUAAUCAGACUCCAUCACCAGAUCAACCAUUUACUUUGUCUACCUCAAGAGAGGAAUCAUCUAUUCCAAGAGCAGACUCUGAGAAAAAGUGGGUUUACCCUUCUGAACAGAUGUUCUGGAACGCCAUGCUACGGAAAGGGUGGAAGUGGAAGGAUGAUGAUAUUAGUCAAAAAGAUAUGUAUAAUAUCAUUAGAAUUCACAAUCAGAAUAAUGAGCAAGCUUGGAAGGAGAUUUUGAAGUGGGAAGCCCUUCAUGCUCAUGAGUGUCCUUGUGGCCCAUCAUUGGUCCGAUUUGGAGGUAAAGCCAGAAAAUAUUCACCAAGGGCAAGAAUUCGUUCCUGGAUGGGGUAUGAGUUACCUUUUGACAGGCAUGACUGGAUCAUCAACCGUUGUGGUACAGAAGUUAGGUAUGUGAUUGAUUACUAUGAUGGCGGCGAGGUCAACAAGGACUACCAGUUCACCAUUCUGGAUGUGCGUCCUGCAUUUGAUUCAUUCUCAGCAGUAUGGGAUAGAAUGAAGGUUGCAUGGUGGCGCUGGACUUCAUAAACACUAUUUUGUUUGUUCUGAAAAUACUUUUUUUUUUUUAAUGAGAAAGAUGUUAAACUAUUUUCCCCAAGCUAAAUGCACUCAUAAUGUUCAUAAUUUUACCACAGGUGCUUUUCAAGUAUGUAAUCAAAUUUGAUCUUUCAUGCAAAGAUGCAAUCUUCCAUUAAAUUCCAUUGCAGUUGAAAAUAUGCAUUUAAAUUUUUAAAUUUAAUUUUUUCCCCAUUUGGUGUAAGUGGGAAGUAGUCCUUUAAUUUUCCCAUUAACUUCAGUAUCUCAUGUUUGAAAGUGUGAUGCUUUUACCUGCCAAAUAUUUUAACUAUACUCAUUAUAAAAGAAGCACUUAACCAGUGUUUUUAAAGUAACCAAUAUUUCUUAAACCUCUGCAAUCUAAGUAGUAACCCGGAACAAAAGCAAAAGUAUAUAUGGAAUGGACUCUGCAAGAUUAGACCUGUCAAGUGUAUUUUCAGAUUUGACCUUGAUAGAAUUUUCAACUCAAUGAAACAUGCAAAUUUCAAAAUAUUUGCUUCUCAUUCCUGUUCUAAUGUAAAUAACUACUAAUGAAGAGCUGGUUUCACUGUCCCUGAAAGCCUGAAAGUUGACAAAUAAUCUUGUUAUUAUAUCACAUCCCAGUCCAUUCUCCCACUAAGAGCUUGCCCACAGUAACCUAAUAUAAACAUUGAAAGCCUGACUCCAGUCACAGGGUCAGCAGUGUCCCUUUUAAAAAAUAAGAUAUUGCCUAUGUGUUAGAAUUCACAAGAGGUAUUUUUUUUCCUCAGAUGUGGAAUAUUUGCAUCAAUUCACCAUCAGUUUUAUGUUUGUUUUAAGCAAGCAGUAAAUUUGCUGCUGAAAAGUGAUUUUAAUUUUAAUUAUAGCAGCAUGUUAGAAAUAACUUGUGUUUCUUAAGUGUUGAUACAAUGAAAAAAUUUAAUUUAUCCUAAAUAUUAUUGUGUUAAAUUAGUGGAUGGUGUUGGUGUUUUUGAGUUAUGAAUUUGAUGUAGAUUUCUUUGUUGUAUGAUGCUUCAAAAACCCAACAUUUAAAAAUAUUUGUAUUUUUUAAAUAAAGCUGACAGUAAAAAGGUU